AUGGCGCGAGUCUCAGACUUGAUUCUUGAUUCAAAGCUCGGCGCUAAUUUCCUCCCAGACUGUACAGUUCACACCUUUCAAGAAUCCGACCCGAAUUCCCGGCAACGUCUCGUAACCCGAACGGAGCACUGGCGCCGACAAAGGAAGAUCGGUGGUGGGGGGUUCGGUACCGUCUGGCUAGAGACAUGUACUCGGGGGUCGCGGACGGGUCCUGCUGCUGUGCGUGCAGUCAAGCAGAUUGAUCUGGACUCGCGGCUCGGCAAGAUUGAUUAUAAUCGUGAGCUGGAGGCUAUUGCCAAGUUCUCGCAUGCUCGUUACAAACGAUGCUUUGUCAAGUCCUUUGGUUGGUACGAGGGACCUAGCCAGCUCUUCAUAGCAAUGGAAUAUCUCGAAAUCGGCGAUCUGUUUACCUAUCUUCAUCAAACCCCUCCCCUUCCAGAGACCGAGGCGAAGGAUAUUGCAUACCAGAUUCUAGAUGGUCUCGGUAUGAUGCAUCAAAACAGUUUUGCGCAUCGAGAUCUAAAACCGCAAAACAUCCUCAUCAAAUCACAUUCUCCACACGAGAGGUGGAUCAAGCUCGCAGACUUCGGUAUCACCAAACGCAUCGAGGAAGGCCGCGGACAAUCAACAACGAUAAAGGGUACCCCGAGAUACUUUGCCCCUGAGGUCUGGGGAUUCGUCAAGCGAGAUACUGCAUAUGCCACAGAUAUCUGGGCUCUAGGAGAGAUCAUUUUUGAAAUCCUUACAAAGAGACCUACAUUUGCCAAUCUCGGAUCGCUCGCGGGCUAUAAACGUCCGGAGCAGUUUCCAAUCAAUCUACUUACCGAUGCCAAUGUGAGCCGCGAAGGCAUUGACUUUGUGAUUUCGCUUAUGCAUCCUGAUCCUAAGGAUCGGAUAACGGCGGUAUCAGCUUUGUCGGACAUAUGGAUAAAUUCGCUGGUAGCCGGUUCAUCCUCUGCGUUUACGGAACGACAGAAAAACAAGCCCCAAUUUUCUCAAUCCCCUUCCGUUGCAGAGUCGACUGAGGACUUUGCGUCAUGGAACACACGGUAUUCUUCGGAUGAGGAGAGGACUGCUGUUAUCACUCCCCCUUCUUCGAUACCACAAGAUGCGAUAGAAGCCACCCAAAAACCGACCGCGAAUCCCAGCCCUGCAAAACUCAAGGAGCAAUUUGAAAUGGCUCGCACCCUUUGUGAGAACGAUCAGUUCCAAGAAGCAGAGACCAUGUUUCGCCAAAUUCAUGCAAUGCAAGAGAAAGUGCUUGGACAAUAUCAUCUAAACACACUCGGAUCUUUGUACUGGAUUGGUCAGUGUCUUUAUCGUCAGCAGCGGUACGACGACGGAGAGGCCGUAGCUCGGCAAGUUUUGCAAAAGACGGAGAAAGCGCGAGGCCCAAAGAGUCUCCCGAUGGUAGAGGCUCUGAGCUUGCUUGGUAGAUGUCUCUAUUUUCAGCGUCGGUACAACGAAACAGAGUCUCUCUAUCGACGAGCUCAUUCGGAGAUCGAGAAAGAGUUUGGUCCCGAUCACGAAGAGACACCGAUUCUUCUGGCGUGGAUUGGUAAAGCACUCUAUCACCAGUAUCUGUUCAGCGAGGCAGAGACUCUAUUUCGCCAAGCUGUUCAGAGGGGAAAGAAAAUACUAGAUUCUGGGGAUCCCCUAAACUUGGACACGCCAUUCUUUCUUGGCCAAUCUGUUUAUCGUCAGCGUCGCUAUAAAGAGGCCGAGACUAUCUUUGGCCAAAUUAUGCUGAGGCUGCAGGAUGUGCUUGGCCCCGAUCACGAAGAGACUUUGGACAAUAUGCAGUGGCUUGGUAAGUCACUCUAUCAUCAGCGUCGGUAUGGCGAGGCAGAUAUAAUCUUUCAGGAAACUCUCGAGCGACAAGAGAGGGUUCUGGGCAAGGAUCAUGAGAAGACCUGUCAAACAAGGAAUCUUGCAGAGAAAGCCCAUCGAAAGGUAAUGGGUCUUGCUGAGGGUCGUCCUUAG